AUGCUGCAGUGGAACCUACCACUAUUUCUCAGGAUUUCACUUUUGAUGCUGAGCUCCACAACUCUGGGCAACUCACAAGAAACUGAAGAAACAGUCACGUACACUGCAUCUCUCGGGGAAAGCGUCGAGUGCCUCGCUGAGGCCAAUGCCGCGCGUGAGGCAGCUGGGUUGGCCAACUUUAAAGAUGCAGAAGAGCAAGAUAAGUUGAGUAAUCCGGAGCCACCAGAGCUAGCAGAUGGCAGCCAGUGGAAAAAGCUUUGCGAACACUUAAUCCCACAAACGGAAACCGGGGCUCAGUCAAGAUCAACGAAUCCCUUUGAGGCCGGAACAUAUGCUUUCAAGUCCCUAACUGCUGCGAAGCCUGACUGCAAGGAAACAGUUGAUUACUGGAAGGCAGCCUACAAAAACUUCACUGGGCUGCCGCCAUCAAAGAAUGAUGCUGAAACACUGUACGACGAUCAAGACAACGUUUCUUUUGUAGCUUUGUACAACCCUUCAUCUAAUGCCACUGCAGACUGCCGAGUCGUCACUUGCACUCAGACGAAUACCUCUACUGCAGGACCUGUAGGGGCAACAACGGAUGAGGGCAGUGAGACUGCGAAAAGAGGCUACGCGUUGCUUUGCAAAACGAUGCCUGCAGCUUUUGCAAGUGACACCUCUGCUCCAUUCACGCAGGAGCAGUGGGACAAGAUCAUCUCUUCGCUCACAGGUUCCGCGUCAAUAGAAGCUCCAAGCCUGAUUGCUCUGGCCAUUGUGACCUUCGGCAUAACGACUUUAUGA